AUGAAAAAACCCCCAGAACCACCUUACGGGGCUCCUCAAGGCUACCCCCCAAAUAACUACCAACAACAACCCCCUUACCCUCAACAGCAAUACGGCGCGCCCCCAGGCCCCCCGCCACAAGGCCACUACCACCAACAUCCGCCCCAGCAAGGCCCAUACGGCCAAGCCCCUCCCCAGCAGCAAGGCGGCUACUACGGCGCGCCAUCUCCCCAACCCCCAGCCGGCUAUCACCAGAACCCAUCACCACAACCAGGAUACGGACCGCCCCCACCCGUCCAAUCCCCCUAUGGCCAGGGACCACCCCAAGGCUACGGACCCCCACCGGGAGGCAACAAUGCGCCGGGCUUCGCACCGCCCGGCGCACACGGCGCACCACCCUACGGCGGGCCCGUAAUGCCAACACUCGGCUACACGCCCGGCCAAGUCGCACCAGGCGACUUCCGGCGCGAAGCCGACAUCCUCCGCAAAGCAAUGAAGGGCUUCGGCACCGAUGAGUCCGCGCUAAUCCAGGUGCUCGCGCGCCAGGACCCGCUCCAGAUGGCCGCCGUGCGCGCCACAUACUCGCAGCACAUCGGGCGCGAUCUCUACAAGGACGUCAAGUCCGAAACGGGCGGGUACCUGCGGCAGGGCCUUUUGGCCGUGAUCGAGGGCCCGUUGGUGCACGAUGUCGAGUGUGCGCGGGAGAGUAUCGACGGGAUCGGGACGAAGGAGUGGCUCAUGAAUGAUGUGUUGCUGGGCCGGUCGAACGCGGACCUGAACGCUAUCAAGAUGGCGUACGAGCGCAAGUAUCAUCGGCACUUGGCGCGGGAUGUGGAGGGUGAUUUGUCGAUGAAGACGGCUGUCUUGUUUAAGCGGGUUUUGGAAGCACGGAGGCAUGAGGAGUCGAUGCCGUGUAAUCCGCAGGAUAUUGGGGCUAAGGCUGCUGCUGUGCAUGCGAAGAGGAAGGAUCAGGCGAUGGAUAUUUUGGUUGCUGCUUCGGAUGCGGAGCUUAGGGCUAUCGAUCAUGAGAUGGGGGCUAGGUAUCGUGCUUCGUUGGAGAAUGUUAUCUUGAAGGAGUACUCGGGCCAUAUGGAGAAGGCUUAUGUGCAGAUGGUGCGGACUGCGACGGAUCCGGCUAUGCGUGAUGCGAUUCUGCUGGAGGAGUGUAUGGCUGGUAUGGGGACGAAGGAUGAGGCUUUGGUUACGAGGAUUGUGCGUUUGCACUGGAAUCGCGAUCAUAAGGAACAGGUCAAGCGUGCUUAUCAUCAUCGGUUUAAGAAGGACUUGAUCCAGCGCGUACGUGGGGAAACUUCGGGUGACUACCAGCGCUUGAUGGUAGCUCUGUUGGAGUAA